CUGGCCCAGCCUGCCAGGCCCCAGGGGCACCUUGCAUGCUCAUGCCAAAGCACCGGCCCUGCUCUGCCAGACAUAUACCAUGAAGUUCCCACUGGUACCGCUGGUGAACGACCUCACAUUUCCAUUCCUGGUUCUCUGGCUCUGCCUGCCCAUGGUUUUGCUGCUGUUCUUGGUGAUCGUCUGGUUACACAUCUUACUUAGCCAAGAUUCAGAGGAAAACAGCUCAGAUGUACUCUUCACAUGGGAAUCUUGGAGCAAAGGCUUGGCUGAGAUUUACCAAGAAGGGCUACUCUAUGACCAAGAGGAGGAGAGACUCUGCCAGUGAGCCUGUUCUACCAGCUUGCCACAGCUCUGGCCCUUCCACAGGCCCUGGGAAGGGGAAGCAGAGUGCCCUGCAUCCACGCCCUGCUCACGGUCACGUCUCUUUGGUGUCCUGGAAGGAGAGCUUGCCCACACACAGCUUCUGGAUGGAGAUGGAGCAGAUCCAACAGUGGAAUGAGCAGAAAGAGGAUGGUGGUGGGCGUGAAGGUCCCGCUCCCUGUGGGUGAGGAUGGCAGGGAUAGCCUUUUUCCAGUGGGAGAAAUAAAUGUAACAGGUAACAGCA